AUGUCGGACGACGACGAUUUCAUGCAGGAUUCGGGGGACGAGGACUACGACUUUGAGUACGAAGACGAUGACGACGAACAGGAGGGCGAUAUCGGUAUCGAAAACAAGUACUACAAUGCGAAGCAAAUGAAGGUGGACAAUCCAGAGGAGGCAGUGGACGAGUUCCUAGGUGUACCGGCACUCGAACAAGACAAAAGCGACUGGGGAUUCAAGGGACUGAAACAGGCUAUCAAGCUGGAAUUCAAGCUCGGGCGAUACGGCGAUGCCGUGGAACACUACCGCGAACUCCUCACCUACGUCAAAUCCGCGGUCACGCGCAACUACUCCGAGAAAUCCAUCAAUAAUAUGCUCGACUACAUCGAAAAGGGAUCCGAUGAUGCCCAAGCAUAUCAUUGCAUGGAACAGUUCUACUCCUUGACCCUCGACUCCUUUCAGAAUACCAACAACGAGCGACUCUGGCUGAAGACCAACAUCAAACUGGCCCGGUUGUGGCUGGAGCGCAAGGAAUUCAGUCAGCUCAGCAAGAAGGUGCGGGAGCUGCACCGUGCAUGCCAGCGGGAGGAUGGAUCGGAUGAUAGCAGCAAGGGAACAUACCUGCUGGAGCUCUUUGCCCUCGAGAUCCAGAUGUAUGCCGAGAUGAAGAACAACAAACGCCUCAAGGUGCUGUACCAGCGGGCGUUGCGAGUGCGCUCCGCCGUGCCGCACCCCAAGAUCAUGGGCAUCAUCCGGGAGUGUGGCGGCAAGAUGCACAUGAGCGAAGAGAACUGGAAGGAGGCACAAAGCGACUUCUUCGAAUCAUUCCGGAACUACGAUGAGGCGGGCUCCAUGCAACGCAUCCAGGUGCUCAAGUACCUCGUGCUCACGACCAUGCUGAUGAAGUCAGAUAUCAAUCCCUUCGAUUCCCAAGAGACCAAGCCCUACAAGAGUGACCCCCGAAUCUCGGCCAUGACCGACCUCGUGGACGCCUACCAGCGCGAUGAUAUCCAUGCGUAUGAGGCUGUUCUGAGUCAGAAUCCUGACGUGCUGGCUGACCCCUUCAUUGCGGAGAACAUUGACGAGGUCAGCCGCAACAUGCGCACCAAGGCCGUGCUCAAGCUGAUCGCCCCCUACCACCGAUUCUCCCUGCAAUUCAUCUCCAAGCACAUCAAGAUCCCCGUCCCGGAAGUGGUGGAGAUCCUCAGCUUCCUGAUCCUGGAUAAAAAGCUCGACGCCCAUAUCGACCAGAACAUGCAGACGGUGGUGAUCGCCCGCGCCAACGAUUCCGAGCGCCUACGCGCGGUGCGGGAGUGGAACAACAUGCUGCAGACCCUGUGGAAGACGACUCGUAACGGCGAGGGGCUUCGACCCGAUGACGGGACCCACGGCGGCGGCCCAGGGACCAUGUUCCAGGGCUUUGGAGACGAGUCGUACAGCGCACUGCACCGGCGCACACGCGGCACGGGGGAUCGCAAGCAAAUCCCUAGUAGAUUUGCGGUCUAG